AUGAAUUUUAGGAGCAUGGAGGAAUUCUGGCCGUUCUACAUGAACCAACACUCGAAACCAGCGACAAGGAGAUGGCAUUUUGUUGGCACACUGUCGAGUAUUUUGUGCUUGAUAUAUGCAGUUUUAUUUAACUGGUGGUUCUUCUUCUUUGCUCCUUUGUUGGGAUAUGGUAUGGCUUGGUAUAGCCAUUUCUAUGUGGAAGGUAACAUCCCUGCAACUUUUGGUCAUCCAGUUUGGUCAUUUCUCUGUGAUUACAGGAUGUUUGGUUUGAUGAUCACUGGUCAGAUGGAUAAGGAGAUCAAAAGACUUGGUAAAAGGCCUGUUUUGCAGGCCUAUUGA